AUGCCGGCCGCCGAACCCCCUGUUUUGUCAACAGAGUCCGGUCUUGUCACAAUGGAUGACCGGAAGCGCCCUGCUUCAGAAAGCAAUGAUACAGCCCCACCUCUCAAGAAGCAGGCCACUGCAGUGAACUCGGCUACCAAACCGCACCCCGAUACUGACAUGCCAUGGAAGGAAGACCUGGAUCGAUUUCAAAAAGAUGCGAUCCUCCGCCAGAUGCAGGAAUACAAGCGGAAUGUGGCUACAUUGGAGUCACGAUUGGGUCAGGUAUGCCAUGAAUCUGUAGCCCAUCGUCAACGUCUUCAUUUCAUGGACAGUUGGUUUUACCAGUUAAUCGACGAGGUCAAACUUCUUCUGGGCCCUUCACAAGAACCGAUCAAGGAAAACACUUUUAAAAGUUCCUUGUGGUUCGAAGGAGUUGAAGACUUUGAGCAAUAUUUGACCUCUAGAACCGCCGAAGUUCGCGAAAUUAUCAACUUUAUCCAAUCUCAAUCUGCUAACAUGUCCCCUGAUGUCACUGAGCUCCAAACCAAAUUGGCAAAGAAACUCGCAGAGGAAAAGGUGGCGAUUACGGAAUACGAGAAGACACUUCGAGAGAAACAACAACUCGAAGAAAGUCUCGAGACAGCCUCGCUCAGGUACAUGGUGGCGGAAAAGAAACUCGACCGCGCCAAAAGUCUCACCGUGGCAAAACUUGAGAAACAGCAUAUCAUGGGUGGUGGACAGCGGCCUGGUGCGGAGGGGUCCCAGACACCACGAGAAGACAAGUCAUCAGCCAAUGGUGGAGCGCCUGCUGCAGAUGUCUCUGAAUUGCAAGCUAUCAAUAGUCAAAUUACUGCGGUUUCCGAAAAGCACAAGGAACAAGUGAAACAAUUGGAAGCCGAGAAUGCCAGCUUGCUUGGUCAAAUCACUGAGCUCAAAAUUAAGCAUUCGAAGUUUACUGAUGAUGAUUAUGCGCAAACCGACCUGUUCAAACAACUCCGAUCCCAGCAUGAUGAUGUCGUGAAACGAAUUAAUCACCUUGAGGCGAAAAACAACCAGUUGCAGGAAGAAUCGGGAAAGCUACGAGCGGAACGAAUUGCCUACAAGACACAGAUUGAAGAGGAAGCACAGAGCACGAUUGCAGAAAAGGAGAAUCUACUGAUGAAACUGGAAACCGACCUUGUUCGAAUCAGAAAUGCUCGUGACGAGCUUAUGGCCGACAAGGAUCUGCGUAAAGCUCAAUCGCAGGAGAAGACCGUCGAGGCCAAAUUGCAGGAGAUUGCAGACGCACGGGAGGCCCGAAUUGCAGCCUUGGAGUCUCAGACUCAGCGGUUACAACUGCAAAUUGAGAGUUCUGCAGGCUCAGAAACGGUGGACGAUCUACCUCUCGAAGAACUCCGAUCUAAGUACAGCACAUUGCAACGACAGUAUGAUAUGCUGAACAAUGAGCUGAACUCUAUGCAAACGGCGUACAAGAAGUUCUCUACUGUAGCCUCACAGAAAGUGACGCAUUUCGGUGCCCUCGAAGAAAAAGUUGGACAAUUGACGGUUGAGAAAACUAAAGCGGUUCACAAUUACUUUUUAGCAGCAAAAGCCAGGGACGAGGUGCAAGUUGAGGUUCGCACCCUUCGAAUGCAAAACUCGCAGGCGUCAAACAUUGUUUCUCAGCUGAAGGAAUCGGAAUCGGCAACCCGAAUUAUGUUGUCAACCAUGGACAAGCAGAAUAGCGAGCUCAAGGAAGCCCUCAACUCUUGCAUUGAGAAGCAGCGCAUGGCGCAACAGCAGUUGACCGAAAGUAACAUUCGUCAGGAGGGUCUGAAGGGUCAGGUUGCUGAGCUCAAGGCACUCUCUAGCUCCAAAGAUGAGAAAUUGGGCACCACUUCAUCUGCUCUGCGCGAAGCAGAAACUGAGAUUGUUAGUCUGAAACAAUCUCUUUCUGAUAUGAAGAAGAGUCUUGAGAACUGGAAGGGCAAGAGUCUUGGCAAUAGCUCUUCGGAAUAUGAAAUGCUGCGCUCACUGGCACUCUGCGGCGUCUGCUGUCGCCGAUGGAAGAAUACUGUCAUCAAGAUUUGUGGACAUGUUUUCUGCCGGGAAUGUGUCGACGAGCGUCUCAGUUCUCGCUCUCGCAAAUGCCCCAACUGCGGUUUGUCCUUCGGAGUCAAGGACCACAUGCAUAUCACCCUUUAA